CUUCAAAAGAAUACAGUUGCAAUAUUUGCACCUGGCAGCAGCUCCACUUGGGACUUGGCGGCUAAAAGUAAAAAGUCACCUGGUCAGGAGGGCGACAUCUUGACCCAGCGGUUGGUCUGAGUUCAGCGGUCGCUGUUUCCACUAUUUUCCAACAGCCAUGACUUGGGCUAAAGCUGAGAGAAACUGUCAGUCCCUGGGUGGGAACCUUGCAUCAGUGCAUAACAUAUUCGAGUACCGUGAGAUUCAGAGGAUAAUGGCCACCACUUUAAGUAUAGAGUAUAAAGAAGCAUGGCUCGGAGGCUCUGAUGCCCAAGAGGACGGUGUUUGGCUGUGGAGUGAUAGUUCACUAUUCUCCUACCAGAACUGGUGUCCUGGACAGCCCGACAACACUCAUCAGCACUGUCUGCAAAUGAACUUCGGAGAUAAAUUUACAGAAUUUCUAUUGAAAGUUCAAAGUAAGCUACUACAGGCAAAAUCAUUGUUUUUUUCAUGCAAUGGUCAAUUCUGA